CACCUGUCGAUGCACUUUGACGCUUUCCACCACCAGGUCAGCGACCUCCCUCCAGCUCUCCCCGCGCGCUCCUUAAGAAAGUCUCCCCUGCACCCUAUACCUGCCUCGCCCACCAGUCCACAGUCCAUCCUGGAUGGCAGUAACUCCACCCUAUCAGGCAGCGCCAGUUCUGGAGUCUCCUCCCUCAGUGAGAGUAACUUCGGUGGCCCCGCCUCCUCCUCCGACGCCCCGGCCAGCCGCACAGACACCCUGGAGUCCGCCCCCAGCAGCCAGGCUUGGACCACCGACCAGGAAGACCUCGACUCGCCGUACCAGCCCGUCAGGUACAGCGUCUCCGAGCCCGAGGUCCUGGAGGGAGUGAAACUCCCGCCCUGCCGCAGCCAAUCCGCCCCAGGAGGCGUCACCCCGGCCCAGGGUUCCACCUCCACUGGCGCUCCACAACCACCGCAGCAGGACGGGCUGCCGCACCCCCAACACCACUACUACCACCACUUCCACCCACACUACAUCCCCCACCACCCGCCUCUCUACCAGCUCCACGAGCCUCCUCCGGCCCUGCCGCCCAAGCCCUACCUCAGAGAGGGGUGCAUCCCGGAAGAAGACGCCCAGUCUGCCCCGCCUCCUGCACCACGGCCCAUGCCACGCAAGAUCUCCCAGCCCAUCAUCGCUGCAACCAAGGACGAGCAAGCUAAAGUGGCGUGGGAGCACGGCAUCAGCGAGGAGUGAGACGUCGACCGAAGAUUUGAGGAAACUUGCAGAACAAACGGAAUAGAAACUAUUUUCAGAGAGAAAGAAAAGAAGGAGAAAGACGUGAGAGCCAAACUCAAACUGAGACAUGAGACAACCUGUCCACACCGUCUCCAGAAACCAGAACAAACACUGAAGGUCUAAGAUUCAUCGGCUCCUCAGAAAGUCUGAGAGUCCUUCAACCACACGCCCAUCCUCGUGUCAUCAAGCUUGAUCUGCUCGGAUAAAUUCACAAAUACUCUCAGUCAGACUUUUCGCGAUGACGUCAUCUAUCCAUCUCUCUAAAAUCUGUGGCACCACAACGGCGUCGUUCAGGUUUUUUACGUGAAACGUUUCAAAGGGAUUUUAUCAGGUUGAAAGUCGUUGCUCUGGUGACGCUAAGACGAGACGCACUUUAACAACAGAGCAUCAAAACAUAUAAGAAUUAUAGCCUCUGCGUAUUUUUAUAAAAGCAAAGAUCAGACCAGAGGGUCGGGUGGAAAACAUGAAGAAGUCGUAAUAAUGACGGAACACGAGUUUAACACUUAGUUCUCCCACCUGAACAAGUACAACAAGCCCAACGCCAUGUUGAGGCUAGUUUCCUGAUACAGUAUAUUAACGAUGGUGAUGACGACGUCCUGUCGGAGCUGAGAGGUUUUUAUAUUUUCCAAAUGACGCAUCAAAGUGUGUAGAUACAUGUAAAACAGUAUAUAAAAGUAUAUGAAUAAUAAUUUAUAUCUAAUCCUUUAGACUGAAGGUGAAAUAUGCAAGUUAAAUGGCUUCCAGAGUCGUUUAGUAGCUGCUCGACGAUGAUUCAUGACGUGCACUCGCUCAGAAGACUCACACUCAGACGACGGCAGGUUUCAAAGUUGCAGCUCCUGAAAACGUUGCAGCAAAGAGGAGGUGAAGAAAUCUUUUCAUUGAAGGUCGUGACGUCAGGAAAGGACUUUUUUUUUUAGCUGAAGAUGUAAAUGUGUGCAUCAGGUUGAUGACGUUUCUAGAGAAUAUUGACCAUAAGAAAUAAACACUUUUUGCCAGUUUUUAUGAAACGAAUGACAUUUUGAAUCUAAACAGUUUUUUAUGCAUGUUUAUUCAAUGGAUGGAGGAACAGAGAGUGAGUGAACACAGAGGUGGAGGAGCGCUGUGCACCGACGUCUUUAUCGUUAAACUUUUAACUCACCAGGAUAUUAAAUGGUUUGAUAAAGAGUCAGAAUACUGUGAAGGAUGAUGCCUUGUUAGAUUUUCUUUUAAAAAUGUCAAACUUGUUUCCACCAAGGCCUCAACAGUUCCCUUAAGAAACCACAUUUAAAUCCACUAGAUCCUGAUUUGUUUGGGUUCUGCAGCAAAUCACAGACUCAUAAAUGUCAGUCCUCUAAACAUCUGGUGGUUUUCAUCCAGAGCCGUGAAAUAUUCUGAGAAAUCAUGGGAAAUAUUGACAAAGGCUUUGUCUCAUUGUGAUCUGCCCCCUGAUCCAGAUCCGCACCAACAUUUAACGGAGUUCUUCUCUGACUCAUUCCACAUCCUCCCACCGAGUUUCGUCGUAAUUCCUUUUUCUAGUUUUUGCGUAAUCUUGGUUCCAAACAAUCGAUCAGGGUGAAAACAAAACCUCCUGGAUGGGGGUAAGUUUCAGGCCUAAAUUGAAAAUUUCAGCUUCUGCAUUGAGGAUAAACUAUGCAAAGGCCCCUUGGAAGUAUUUCAGUGUUUCUGCUGGACUUGUAGAGAGAUUUGUUUCAACGUUAAUAUUUUAUAAAAGCAAAGUUUCCUUAAUGAACGAUGUCACGUGUUAACUGAAGCCGGACUUUGUUCAGAGUCUGUGAAACAGGCUGGAUUUUGUCAGUGAGACGCUGUAACCACAGAACACAGUUUUAUAUUUGUGUGUGAGACUUGACUUCAGCGCAGGGAGGAGGCUGGUUGAUGUAGAAAAACACAGAGUAUUCAUAGCGAUCAUAAAGGGCAAACGUUGUAAACAYGUAGACUGUCGGUGUCUUGUACUUUCUGAUGUCAAACUGUUUUUAAACUUAGACAACAGCAAAAGAUUCAAGUUCUUUUCUCUGAUUCUCGUGAUUAUUUCAGGGCAG